AAAUGUUGAAAAGAAAAUUAAAUGCCUUAACCGGUCAUGAUAUUAAUCAUGAAAAUUCAAAGAAUUUAAAACGAAAUCAUUCAAUGAAUGAAGAACAAUAUCUAUAUAAUGACCAAGAACCGCAACAACCUACUCCUCCUCAAAGGAAAAAACCUGGUCGUAAACCUAAUCCCGCUUCUCCUGAAUUACGUAAGAGUCAAAAUCGUGCCGCUCAACGUGCAUUCAGAGAAAGAAAAGAACGUCAUCUAAAAGAUUUAGAAAAUACAAUUAAAUCAUUAAGAGAAAGUCAAUACGAAUCUGCCGUCAAAGCUUUUCGCGAAAGUCAACAAUUGCGUUCGUUGAUCGAGCGUCUUCGGCAUGAAAAUCUUUAUUGGAAACAAGUUUCCGUUAACUUUGAAAUGGUUCUUAAUCAUAUUUGUGGAGGAAACGAUACAACUUCUAAAAUCAAGAGCACCAUAUUAUCUCGUGUUCAAUCUCUUUCACCAUCUUUAAAUUUCACCGGUCCUUUAUUGGAUAAUCAAGUGCCUUCGGUUCCUGUUGAGAUGGGUAGAUCUUUACAAUCAUUUAAUUUAAUGAAUAAUAACCUCUCCGGUGUAAAUUCUUUUAUAUCACCGCCAAAUAGUACUAUCUCUUUAUCACCAGAAUCUUCAGUAACGAAAAGUCCGCCUAUCUCACCUCAUUUGAAUCAUCAAAAUUUGGAAAAUUUGGAGAAUUUGGAGAACUUGGAGAACUUGGAAAAUUUGGAACCGUCCAACACUAUACCGAACUUAUCAAACAUUCCGAAUAUAUCGAAUAUAUUACCAAACAUACCAAACAUACCAAAUGAAACAUAUAUUACUGGUUCGGAACUUUCAAAAACUUUCACUCUAUCGAAAUCUAACGACGUCUUGACAAACAAUGACUCAUUUACUACCACUUCUGAUCUUGUUGUUCAGAAUCCUGAUUCACUCGCGGAAUCCAUAUUUAAUGAAAAUUAUGAAUUAUUCUCACCUAACGUUGAUGAAUCAAGGGAGAUUUAUUCGAAUUUCAAUCUUAACAACGUCGUCCUUACAAAUUCAGAGAUAUCAAGUGAUUUAUUUAAAGAACUUGAUCAAGCAGUUCGACUAGGGAAAUUAGUUGGAAUAACAGAUAUUUAUAAUACACCGGUUGUUCCAAAAUUUAAAUAUCCUCUUACCAAUGCACAACUUCAUUAUUUAACGUUACCACACGAUAGACGAAUUGAUUUAAUUCCAUGUCUUCAUUUAAGAUCUAGAAUGAUUCAAUAUCAAAAUAAUUAUGAUCUUUAUGAUUUAAUUGAAUUAUUAAUUACAAAAUCGAAAUGUCAUGGAGAUCCUUUAGAUCCUGAUUCUUGGGAAUUGCCAGAAGAAUUUUUUGCAAAUUAUGAAUACUUGGUAUUUUCUCAUUGUAGGCUUAAAAGUUCGUUAUAUCAAACUUAUGGUCGAUUACCAAAUGAUUUUUCCGAUACAUAUAAUACUAUGCUUUCACGAAAAGUUAAUACUACUACUUGA